AUGGAGGUGGGUGUUAGAGACAACACCGGGAAAUUCACGGAGUCAUUUGAAGUCUUCGCUAAAUUACCGUCCGGUACAUUGACGUCAGUCAUCGUACAAUUUGAAACUAAAGUACGAGAUUUGAAAUCCAUAAUCGAAUUCCGAUGUGGUAUACCAUCGCAACUACAGCAACUAUCGUAUAAAAAUCACUACGAACUUUCGGACAAGGACACCUUACGGGCGCUAUGCGUUAUCCCGGGGGUCCAGGUACCGGUGAACUUCUUACACGGAUACGAAGACCUUAUUGAAGCGGCUUUGAGUGGGAACACAAAAGGUGUUCUGGACGAUUUGAAGAAGCGGUACGAUAAUACAAACAUCAGGCAGAGAAAGAUCGCAGCUUUGUUCGUGGCCGCUCAGCGCGGUUACCACUUUCUCGUAGAAAGAUUGGUUAAAGAUGGGACCGAAGUAAACGAACAGACUCCCACUGGUAGGACGCCGCUACACAUCGCCUGUGCAAUGGGUAACAAUGGUUGCAUCGAUCUCCUCCUGGAAGCAGGGGCGUGUCUGGACAUCCAGGACUAUUACGGACAAACACCAAUUGAAGUUGCGUUCAAUUGCAAACAAAAAGAGGCCGAACGGAGGCUACAUCUGUUUAGAAGGACUAUCAAAGGACCAACGAUUUAUCGACGGAAAGUGGAUCAACCCCGCGAGAGAGCGAUGUCUUCAUGGGCGUGGACGCCGCGUUUUCGAUCGCGAAGCGUACCGCCCGCGGCGUUGAUGAGGGAGAUAUCGCUGACGCCUGGUCCAGAAUUGAUGAUCAGUCAGUGCAAGAUAGAAGAGUCAACAUCUGCAAACAAAAGUGUCAACUUUGAUGAGAGCACCAUAGUUAGCGAGGACAGUUCUGAUAUUUCAUCCCGACCAGGAUCAGAAGAAUCGGGAGAAUCGUCAAAAGAAAACAUCGAGUCAACGCCGCGUUCAGUGAAAAGCGGCGGGAUUUCCCAUCAGGAAUGGUUAGUCAAGAAACAAAUUGAAGGAAGAACAAAAAGCAGAGAUGGGACGUGCAGUCUAGUGACCUGCGUAAAAACGAAGCGUAUGACAAUUGGUUGACUGGGAAGGGUAAAUCUAAAUCGCAUCACCCACAGGACAAGGGGACUUCAGACCCUGCCAAGGAGACGGCGACGACUGGAAAGCUGUACGAGGAUUGGCAGAAUGAAAAAGAGGAUUAUAACAGAAUAGCAACAAUAGUCAACCCGCCACUUCCCAAUUCCGUAACUGUGGGUGCAAUAACCAUUUACAAAAUUAAUCCGGAGGAUAAUCAGCGGGCGGUUAAGGAAUGGAUUAGGAACAAAAAGAAACAGGAAAAGCAAACAGCAAUAUACGAACAAUGGCAACACAAACAAAUGAAAGAUUUGGAACGAGAAAGGGCAAUCCUGAAAUCAUCUUGCAGCGCACGAAGUGCAGACGAAUGGCAGAAUGAACUGAAACGAAGGGACGAAGAAGCGCGCUUGAGAGAGGCACAGCGCAAAAAAACUGAAGAAAUGAGACAACGGGAAUUAGCAGAGAGACGGUCAAACAGCGCCCAGGGAUUCGAAGCGUGGUUAGACAUGAAACAAGCACAGCAAUGGGGGAAAGACGGUGACAAGCAACAAAGAAAAGAGAUAAAGAGACAAAAACAAGCAAUGGCACAAAAGAGCUUUGAAAAAUGGCUAAUGGGUAAAGAGUGGGAUGAACUUUGUAGACUGAAAGAGAAACCAACCAAUGCUCCAAGACCUAAAACAACUGGAAGCUCGGCGAGGUUGUCUUCACGAAAAACUCGAUAAUCGUAAAUAUUGUAAAUACGCUAUAAUAAUUAACGGUGUCCUCCACCGAGUCUGACGUCUUAAACGAAAUAUGCCUGUUCGGCCAUGAAUAUACAAUGUGAUCAUACCCACCAUGUUUAAAAUAACUGAGCUAAAGCAUCCGUGGCAUCAGCGCAGAUGUGUGGGUGAUCAAACCAAGAAAAUAUAACUGAAAGGAAAAUUGAAUAAAUUUACCUAAAAAGACAAAAUAA